GUCACGGUACUGGGGACACGAUCCUUGUACCAUCCCAAGCGGGUGGCUGUGAGCAACUUAGCACGGUACUUGGGGACACGAUUACGUUACCAUCCCAAGCGGGUGGCUGUGAGCAACUUAACACGGUACUUGGGGACACGAUUACGUUACCAUCCCAAGCUGGUGGCUGUGGGCAACUUAGCACGGUACUUGGGGACACGAUUACGUUACCAUCCCAAGCUGGUGGCUGUGAGCAACUUAGCACGGUACUUGGGGACACGAUUACGUUACCAUCCCAAGCGGGUGGCUGUGAGCAACUUAGCACGGUACUUGGGGACACGAUUACGUUACCAUCCCAAGCUGGUGGCUGUGAGCGACUUAGCACGGUACUUGGGGACACGAUUACGUUACCAUCCCAAGCUGGUGGCGGGGUGUGGGAAGCAACUUCGCAACGUCACUUGGGGACACAUUACGGCGGGUGGCUGUGAGCAACUUAGCAACGGUACUUGGGGACACGAUUACGUUACCAUCCCAAGCUGGUGGCUGUGGGCAACUUAG